CACACAAUCUGGCAACACUGUCGAGGGUCAGCUGAUAAAGUGUUGUCAGAACUUUCCAAUAACGACGAAGGCACCGCGGCAACCGUGGCGUCAUUAGUACGCGCUGUUGGCCGAGAGAAACAGUUCAGCGUUUGACUCAGCAUACGGACUUUUAAAACCUGCAACAGCAAUAAAACAUAAUAUCUAGUAUCAAGCGAACGCUGCACACAGGAACGCGCUCGUGAAGCUCCAUCAACGACAUCUGACACCGCUAUCUUCGGUUAAACAACCAAAGGUGACUGCUCCUACUUGAAGAUGAGCUACGAUCAGCCUCCACCGUACACAGGCCCAGGUGCCCCUGCCCCGGGUUACCCUGCUGCCAGUGCCCCGGGUUACCCUGCUGCCAGUGCCCCGGGUUACCCUCCUCAGGGUUACCCGCCUCAAGGCUACCCCACUCCGGGCUUUCCACCCGGUCCUGAGCAAGGACCGUACCCUAAUUAUAAUGCUGCACCACCGGGGUCAUACCCCAACCAGCCUGGCUAUCAGGGAUAUCCAAUGCCUCCUCAACCGGGGUACGGAGGCCCGGUGUAUGGUGAGGCUCCCAAAAACACAGUGUACGUGGUGGAACAAGGUCGGCGGGACGAUUCGGGGGAGCAGGCGUGUCUGACCGCGUGCUGGACGGCCCUGUGUUGCUGCUGUCUCUGGGACAUGUUGACCUAAUCUGUCUGUAGCCGAGCCCUCAUGUGUAAAGACCUUUCCCUCUCUGUAUUUAUGUAUGACUACUGCAAAAAUAAUGAUCCAGUGAAAGAAAGAGCGAUGUCCGUUUCGUUCAGGGAUUUUACGUGUUCCUGUUUAGAUUACUUCUUUUCACAACUUCAAUAAAUUCAAUGCUAUGCACUGAGACGUUUAUAGAAAUGCAAUCGUAGCUCCAGACAUAUGUCAGCUGAGCUGUUUUUAUUUUUUAUUUUACGCUAGACUUAAACUAGGUAACAAUAAGUGAUGACCGUCGUCGAUGAAUGCACGUUUCUGUUCGGGUUUAAAGCCAACGAGGAGGAAAAUUUUUACGGAUAAAAGUCACGAUUUUUGAGCUUUUAGAGUAUAAUUAUAAUUUAACCUUUUUUGAUUUCAGUCAUGUUUCCUGUAAUGUUGGACUGUUGAAUGUAUGGUUCACAUUGUAGUUUGGACCUUCAUGAGUGCGCACUGGAGGUCUGUAUAGGUGUCUGACCUAACAACCGAAUUAAACACACAAUGUCCAAAUAAA